AUGCAGCAACGCCGAGAUGAAAUUCUGGCGAAGAAGGCAAAGUUGGCCGAGUUGAAGGAGAAGAGGAAAGCGCGUAACGAGCAGGGCUCAGCAUCACGUCCUAAUGUUGGUGUGGGUGGUGAACUCUCGAUCCCGUCGGCUAGAAAUGUGGAACGCCGCGAAGACCUUGACGAGUACAUCAAUAGGCUCGUUGGCCUCGGGGAUCGACCAUCUUCCACAACCACAGGAGGGGCCGCCUCCCCGGGACCCAGAGGGAGUCGGCCGAACAGUGUUUUGAGCGCCGGCGAACUCAGCAACGAGAACUCGGAAUACGCCUCGCUGGCCAACGGCCACGCGCCUGCCGCUCCCGCCGCCCCGCAGAACCUCACUACAGUUCCUCUCACAACCAUCUACGAAUGUCCACCCUCCCCGGUCAAGGAAAUCUUCUCUUACAGCAAGGGCAUACAGACCCAAGAAGAUUGGGCGCCAAGCUCGAGACCCUUGGAACAGUCUGUGUCGGACGACGAAGAGCCUGCGUUCACGCCGGGCAAACGCCCAACCCGUAGGGAUCGUGACCGGGAGGAGGAGCUACGCGCCAAUAUUAGGAGAGAGAUUGAGGAGGAACUAAAGGCUGCCCAGGAGCUUUCAACAGACGGAGUCCUCAAACCUACGGCGCUGACGACCAACUUCCCUGCACGGACGUUGACGAACGAAGAACUCAAGGCUGUGACAGCAUCGGAGGAUUUCGUUGACUUUGUGGACAGGGCAACCAAGGUCAUCGAGAAGGCGUUGGACCAGGAGUACGAUAUUCUCACGGAUUAUACGCUUCAGACACAAGAGAACACAGAUGAUCGCGAGCAGGGCAACGUGAGCGGGAGAGGGCGCCGCAAGAUUAGGGAGAUACGUCAGUUCUACGAUGAGAGGUGGUCUAAGAAGCGCCCAAUAACCUCGAUCGACUUUUCACCCAAGUUCUCGGAUCUUGUGCUUGCAUCGGCGUCCAAGAACAUAACAGCACCGCACGAACCAGACGGUAUUGUUCAAGUAUGGAACUUGAAUCUCCACGACAGGGCCGAGUUUGUUCUUCAUGCGCAGUCGGACAUCUUGACGGCCAAAUUCUCGCCUUUCCACCCGAAUCUGAUCAUUGGCGGUGCCUAUAGUGGUCAGGUUCUUUUGUGGGAUACGCGCUCUCGAUCUUCUGCCCCAGUUCAAAAGACACCACUAACGGGGCAGGGACACACGCAUCCCGUGUACUCGCUUGAUGUGAUAGGCACCCAAAAUGCUAACAACAUCAUUACAACAUCUACUGAUGGCGUCGUUUGUGGCUGGUCGGUCGACAUGUUGGCGGCGCCACAAGAGUCGCUCAUGCUUCUCACGCCGCAGCAGACAAAGACGGACGACUUGAGCCCAACAUGCAUGGCAUUCCCCCAAGCUGACCCCACAUACUUCUUGGUCGGCUCUGAGGAAGGCGUCAUCUACCCAUGCCACAGAUAUGACCGAGCGGGUGCCAAGGCCGGAGUUGACAAGAACGUCAGCUACAGGGGUCACUCGGCACCGGUCAGAUCUGUUGACUUUCAUUCCAACUUGGGCCCGGUCGACUUUGGCGACCUCGUUCUCUCAUCGAGUCUGGACUGGAGCGCCAAGUUGUGGAAAGUACGGCCCCCUGGAGGCAUCGGUACAGCCGGUCUCUUAUCUAGCAACGCCGAGGUUGCUGUAUCGCCCCUUAUGGAGUUUGCGCGCGAAGAUAUCGUCUAUGAUGCGGCAUGGUCCCCACUUCGACCUGGUGUGUUUUCGCUUGUCGACGGCGCGGGAUAUCUGGAAAUCUGGGACUUGACAGUUGAGACCGAAGAGCCUGUCGCGCGCAUUCAACCGAAUGCCCGCCCCGGCGCAAGGGUAGCAAGUCUCAACAAAGUCGCCUGGGAGCGGUCGGAAGGCAAGCGUCUCGCCACAGGCGGUAUCGCAGGUGCAUUGACUGUUUUUGAGGUCGGGCCCGAUCUGGGAGGUAAAGAGGGCAUCAAGUCUGACGAGUGGGCCGCGGUCAAGAAGCUCAUUUCAAAGCUAGAGCUCGACGCCAAAGGUCCUGUAAAUGGCGUGUCUGGCCUGAGGAACUGA